GUCAAAUACGCACAGACAGCCGCUAGUUGGCUAACGGCGUCGACCGAAACCGAAGCGGGAGCCGCUUUGUCGUCCGGAAUACUUCAUCUGGCAGCGCACUAAUGAUCCAGUCUUAACUGGGAGAGAUAAAUUAUCGAUAACAAGCGUCUAGGAGGAAAUUGUUUGCUCUUUAAGGCCAGUGAAUCGCCUGUGGCUCGGAAAAGAUCGAUAGCUAGUGUUGUUACGUAGUUUUAGCACGCUAGCCUGCUAACUACGCUAGCUCGAGAAGAAAGGCCGUCGAGUUGACCUAGCGUCACUUAUUUAACAGGUGGCGCACCGUCCUGGCAUAUUACGGUAGUCUUCAGUGCUCGGAUCGUUAACCAACUCCAGGUUAAAGAACAGAACACGGAUCGAGGAUGGCUCUGAAAAGGAUCCACAAGGAGCUCAAUGACCUGGCACGUGACCCUCCAGCACAGUGUUCCGCCGGCCCAGUGGGUGAUGACAUGUUUCAUUGGCAAGCCACAAUCAUGGGGCCUAGUGACAGUCCAUAUCAGGGAGGGGUUUUCUUCUUGACAAUUCAUUUUCCAACAGACUACCCCUUCAAACCACCUAAGGUUGCAUUUACAACAAGAAUUUACCACCCAAAUAUUAACAGUAACGGCAGUAUCUGCCUGGAUAUUCUCAGAUCGCAGUGGUCUCCAGCACUUACGAUUUCUAAAGUUCUUCUGUCCAUUUGCUCACUCCUAUGUGACCCAAACCCUGACGAUCCACUAGUGCCAGAAAUCGCACGAAUCUACAAAACAGAUAGUCAGAAGUACAAUAAACUAGCUCAGGAGUGGACAGUGAAGUAUGCCAUGCUUUAGGAUACACCAAAAUGGCAAAAGAAUGGACACAAAAAUACGCCAUGUGAUGGCCCCAUGUGGAAAGCUGGCGAGAGACGUUGCUCAUUCAAACUUAAAAUUCCAGGAUUCUGUUUUUCUUUUUCACUUAAUUUUUUGUUAAUCUGAGCAUUUUACCCCCUCAUCCUUUCUCCACCUUCGCGCUCAUAAGAAGAUAGUGUUUUCUCUCUAGGACAUGUGCCAGUUUGUGAAGUUUUGACUCCUCUUUGUACGGAGUUAAAGAUAAAAAUGUCACCAUGGUUCUGAACACCCAGCUUGAGCAUGAGUUUUCAACCCAAAAUUGGUGAUGUUAAUCAUUUACUCUGUACACACUUAGUGGAAUCUGAUGCUUAAAUAAUCUCCAAAAAAAUAUUGACUCCAUCACCGCAAUGUCCAAAGUGGAGACCAGUCCUAAAAUUGUGAAUUUUAAAGUCUAAAAUUGGCCAAAUAAAAAUGUAUUUAAGUGGUUAAAAUCUGACAUUGUGCCAAUAUCCUGCAAGACUUUAGAAGCUGGUCAGACUGAGUGUGUUUCUGACCAUGAGUGGAUUUGUUACCUGAGGGGGUGUAUCAUAUUCCACUAUCUGUGUAUGUACAGAGGAGCACUGCAGUAUAUAUUGAUGUUAAGAAAACAAAAUAUAAGAAUUUCAAUGUUGUAUUUUAUGCAUGUUAAUAAAGGUAGGCUAUUAUAUCUGAUGUUUCUGCAAAUUAAGUGGAUUGUAAAGCUGAACAGUUGGAAAAAAAAAUUGGUUCCCCUCGACGGCUUUCUACUUCUUUUUGUCAUUUAGAAGCCAGUAGAUGAGACGUUAGUUUUAUGCCCACUCAAACACUGUCUUCUUGUAGCCCUAAAAUAACGAUGCAAAGCUGAUGGUUGAUAAUCAACUUGUGGCUCUGUUUCUUUUUAGUUUUCCCUUCAAUAAAGUUCCUUAAACCAUACAACAAA